AUGGUUGAUGAGGAGGCAUUGCAGUCAGUUCUGGACAUUCCACGUGAAGAUGUCGAGGGUUAUAAUAACACCGGCUUUGUAGUUCUGGUUAAUAAUAGGUGGGAGCCGCGAUUCCUGGGUGAAGAGGAAUUAGAAGGUUAUACCAGUCUGCCGCAGGAUAAUGAUUUCGAACCAGUGCAGGGCUGCAUGCUGGAAGAUGUGGGCUGGAUGAAAGUGUGCUAUGAUUGGGCUCAGACGGUGGCCUCGGUUUUUAUGCACGAUGGUUUUAUAAGCUAG